GGGGGGGGGUUGGGGCUGCGUUCUUCCGGAAGUCCACGACCAUCUCCACUGUCUUCAGGGCGUUGAGCUCCAGGUUGUUCUGGCUGCACCACGUCACCAGGUGGUCAGACUCCCACCUGCAGGCGGACUCGUCCCCACCAGAGAUCAGUCCAAUGAGGGUGGUGUCAUCAGCGGACUGGUGACUAGAGGUGCAACCCAUCAAUAAUACUAUAGAACUAAUAUCUCCCACAGUGUGUAUAUGUAAAUGCAUCUCUCAUAUCAUCUAUUUGGAUUCAUAUAAACUUUUCUUCAUGUAUUUCUUCCCGCCACUAGAGGGCAGCCUGUCCCGCGUCACGUGACGAGGGAGUCGCUUCACGGCUAAUUCGCUCAGCUAGCUCCUUCGGCUAGAAGCUAGCUAACAGUUAGCAUUUCAUUCGGACCGACAAACAGCCGACAGAGAUCCGCGUACAACCGGACAUUUUCACCGGUACCGCUGCGCCUCCACCAGUCUCCUCCUCCCUCCUCUUGGUCCGGACCCCCCCGUGGUAAAGCCUCAAACAUGUCGGCGGUGCAGCGGAUGAAAGUGGCGAACGAGCGGCACAGCAAGACCAUCACACAGCGGGGACACGUCCAGAAAACAUCGAGGCCGGUGAAUGAGGAGAAGUCUCCAGUCGGCCCGUGGCUUCUCGCUCUGUUCGUCUUUGUGGUUUGUGGAUCAGCCAUCUUCCAGAUCAUCCAGAGCAUCAGGCAGGGCAUGUGAUGACCUGCCUGUCACACGGGGGGAGCGAAUGCAUCUGGUCUCCCCGUCCCGUGUCCUUCUUCUCCCCCUCCUCACGGCGGAUGAAGCUGAUCAGAUAUUGGUUCUUUCACUCUGUCCAGACAUCUCCUGAAUGAGCCCCAUGCUGCUGCCAACGACACCUCUGCACAUUCUACUGUAAAAGUCCUUCCUGUAGGCUUUUAUUGUGAAGGAUGUGUUUCAUUUCAAGUGAAAUAAUCAAAUGAGCUGAUAUGUUAAAACUAAAACAUCUGCCAGACAAACUCAUCUGACCGCCAUGGGAGGUCACGUGAGGACUUGUGAAGACUUGUCACGACAUCUGUGGACAUAUGAAGACUUUUGAGAACAUGGAAAGUAGUUAGGACAUGACUACGUGUCAGGACAUAUGAAGACUGGACGAGCCGGUGAACAGCUGGAUUUUGAAGGUGAAGCCUCAGCUGGACAAGCUCCACUUUUCUACAAAAUAAAGCAGAUAUUUUCUCUUCUGUGUCUCUGAUCUAUUAUCUAUUUCUGAUGUGUCUGCUCUUUCUGUAGAUUCAUUGUUUCUGCGGAUAAAAUUCAGCUUUGAUGAGGAAUGUUUCAUAAUAAUCCUCCAACCUGAAGCUCCUGCUACGGUCAUAUUUAUAAUAGAGCAGGUUCCUGAAUGAUUUACAUGUUCCGCCCUCCG